GGUCUUUUCAGCACCAGAGCUCACGUCGCAGUUUAGCAGGAGAUAGCAGGGCUUAUUCACCAUGGCUCCCAAGGAAGCUUUCAAGCCUAAGAGCAGUAGCAAGGCCGUUGUGAACGCGCCAAAGGGUGGAAAAGCAAAGGACGCGAAGCGUGCCGAGGCAAAAGCUAAGAAGGAUGCCAAGUCUGGAGGUGCAGCCUACACUCUUGGAGCUCAGAAAAAGUGAUGCGACCGUCGCUGGAACUGUGACUUAUGGGGCAAACGCAGACCAGACUUAAGGAUGGGAGCUACCGAGCAGCUGUCUUAACUAUCUUAUUAGCAAAGGAGCGCACAUGCAAGGUUCAAAAAGCGUGCCAGCGCUUGGAACACAGCUGAACCAAGCUCAGCUGGGUUUGAGACUGCGUGUUGUUCAAGUUGUAUGCCGAGGCGUCAUCCUUGCAUGAGCUCUGUGUGACGCAAUCAGCAAGAAAACAAAUUUCUUACAGAACCAAUGACAUGUGCCAGCUUCUGAGGUCAAAUGGCGGUGCAAAACAUGGCGGUGCUCAAGAGAUCUGAUGCCGCAUGCGCAUGAACAGAUGUAAAGUAUGUUUGCUACAAA